GCGCGCGCGGCCGCCCCCUAAAGGCAGUCCGUGAGGCGGCGGUGCCCGCGCCGUGAGGGGACGGCAGCGCCUCCCGCCGCGGCCGGCAGUGGGGCUGCGACCGAGCCCGGCUGCGGACCGCUCCUCCCGCCGCGCCGCGCCCGCUCCUCGCCUCAGCCUCGCCUUCCCCUCGCCCGGCCAAAUGAUGAACUUUCUGCGGCGCAGGCUCUCGGACAGCAGCUUCAUCGCCAACCUGCCCAAUGGCUACAUGACUGACCUGCAGCGGCCGGAGCCGCAGCAGCCGCCGCCGCCGCCUCCCUCAGCAUCCUCGGCCCCUGCCUCAGCCUCUCCGGCCGCCGAGCGCCGGCAGCCGCCGCAGCCGGCGCCCCCCCAGCAGCCGCCGCAGCAGCCGCCGCCUCAGCAGUCCACGGGCAGCAGCUUCUUCAGCUCCCUCUCCAACGCCGUGAAGCAGACGGCGGCCUCGGCCGGGCUGGUGGAUCCCUCCUCCGCCGUCUCCUCGGUUACCGGCAGAAAGUUCAAGCUGCUCCUGGUCAUCGACGAGCCGCACACGGACUGGGCCAAGGCUUUUCGUGGAAAAAAGGUCCAUGGAGAAUAUGACAUAAAGGUUGAACAGGCAGAAUUUUCAGAGAUCAACUUGAUAGCCCAUGCUGAUGGCAAUUAUGCAGUAGAUAUCCAAGUAUUUCGAAAUGGCACUAAAGUUGUCAGGUCCUUCAGGCCUGAUUUUGUCCUGGUUCGACAGCAUUCGUUCAGCAUGGCAGAAAAUGAAGACUUCCGUAACCUGAUCAUUGGGAUGCAGUACGCUGGCAUCCCCAGUGUCAACUCCCUGGAGUCCAUCUACAACUUCUGUGACAAGCCAUGGGUGUUUGCCCAGCUGGUGUCUGUCUACAAAACUUUGGGUCCAGAGAAGUUCCCUUUAAUCGAGCAAACCUUCUAUCCAAAUCACAAGGAAAUGCUAACAAUGCCAACAUUUCCUGUUGUUGUGAAGAUUGGACAUGCUCAUUCAGGCAUGGGAAAGAUCAAGGUAGAAAACCACUACGAUUUUCAGGACAUAGCCAGCGUGGUAGCACUUACUCAGACCUACGCCACUACUGAACCCUUCAUAGACUCCAAAUAUGACAUCAGGAUCCAAAAGAUAGGCAGUAACUACAAAGCAUACAUGAGAACUUCCAUAUCCGGAAACUGGAAGACAAACACGGGCUCUGCAAUGCUGGAACAAAUUGCUAUGUCAGAUAAGUACAAGCUUUGGGUUGACACCUGUUCUGAAAUAUUUGGUGGUUUGGACAUCUGUGCUGUUAAAGCUGUCCAUGGAAAGGAUGGAAAAGAUUAUAUUUUUGAGGUCAUGGACUGUGCAAUGCCUCUGAUUGGUGAGCACCAGACUGAAGACCGGCAACAUAUAACUGAACUAGUCGUAAGCAAAAUGAACCAAAUGUUGUCCAAAACUCCUAUACCAUCUCCUCAGAGACCCACUGCCACUCAGCAGCCCCAGAGUGGAUCACUAAAGGAGCCAGAGCCAACCAAAAUCCCACCUCAGCGACCACCACCUCAAGGGGGCCCAGUGCAACCCCAAGGAAUGCAAUCACAAAGCCAGGAGCCAUUGCAGCCCCAGCGCAUGUACCCCCCUGGGCAGGCAGCAAAGCCCUCGGCUUCCCAGCCCCAGCGUCCGCCCGGACCUACAACUCAGCAGCCACGUCCCCAGGCUCAAGGUCCUGCCAGCACCCGAUUAUCAAAGGAAGCAGAGCCACAGCCACAGCCAGCUCCACCUCCUGCUCCACAGCCUGCUCCACAGCCUGCUCCACAACAGAAGCCUCAGUCUCAUCCCCAGCUGAACAAGUCGCAGUCUUUGACAAAUGCCUUCAGUUUCACAGAAUCAUCCUUCUUCCGAUCGUCUGUGAAUGAAGAUGAAGCAAAAGCUGAAACUAUUCGAAACUUGAGGAAAUCCUUUGCUAGCCUUUUUUCUGAUUAGCCAGCUCCAUCUGAACGCACCCAGCAUAUAGUCUCAAAACUCUGUGGAUGUUGCCUCGGUUUUGUUUUCCCUGUGGCAGUACCUUUCUCUACUGUGCUAACUGUUGUAUUAAGCAAUAUGUUAAACUUACAGGAAAAAAAGUUAGAAAAAUAGAAGAAGGACUGAUGAGAUACCAUUCAGGAACAUGUAGAAAGGUCUAGGAAGAAGGAAGGGUUCUAUUGCUAACACAGAAUGCUGAAUUCUAAGGUCCUUAUCCAUUGUAAUAUUGUGGCCUUACUGUGACUGAACUAUAUAAUCCUAUUUGAGACUCCUUUGUAGAACUGUGUUAAUAAAGCACUGAGUGAUGGGGUUCUCCUUGCUUUAACCAUUCCCAAUGCAUUGCAAUGCAUGUGUAUUUUGUGUGUAAAUGUUUUGUACUGCUAAAGUAUAGUCUUGACUUGUUCUUGCCUCCCAAAUUCAGGAGGCAAUUCACACUGACAUUCUUGUCAAGCCACAGAAAUAAUGUGAGAAAUUGAAGCAGUUUCUUCCUCCUUAUACAAUCUUCCCAUCAGCUGGUUGUAGACUUCUGAUGUAUUGCUGAGAGUUACCAGUACACUAACUUAAUGUCAUAAAUAGAGUAUAUAUGUACUACUGUAUCUCCAUAUGUCUAUUUAAAUUUAUUUCCAAAUUGUAACCAUAACUGGGUUUAGUUGCAAAGAAUAUGCAUGAUGUUACCCUUAUUUUUGUGAACACCUUCUAAUAAAUGUAAAGUCCCAUGCCUGAUUUAAAGAUAUGUCUUCUACAAAGCUUGUUUCAACAUCACUAUAUAUUGUCUAUUUUGACUGGUAUCAAAGAGUAGCUUUAUGAUUAUAAAAUAUUUGGACACAAACCACAACUAUAAGAAAAUAAACUAUCACAA